UUCCAAAACAAACGCUCGCUGGCGACGCUGACGUUUUAUCGGGUGAUCGCUCUGUGUUGCUGUUCGCUGCGCCGUGCCGCCGCGCAUCAUAUGCUCUUGUUAGCGUUGUGGGCCCAUCGGAACGUCGAGAGCGAGGUGUUGCACUGCUGUUUUCCUUCGGGGUCCUUUUCUCCGAAACCGUUUCUCCAUUGUUGUCUUUAGAAGGGAGGCUCCGCUCUCCAUGCGAACCCAUCCGACAGCUCACUACGCCACCGACGCGGCUCCUUGCGCGUUGUUGAGUUCGCCCAGGAACUUGUCGUGACAAGACCAGCGAGGCGUCGGGGAAAAAGCGGGGCCGCAGAACAACGCAGCAGCAUUCGAGGCCGCCUACGAAGCCUCCGCUAGCGCCCCUGCCCAGCCGCUCACGUUUCCUGGGACUGCACUUGGUGCACGUUGCCUACGUGCCGCCGAACUUCGGGGCCAUGUCGGGCACGCCACAGCAGAUCGUCAACGACGACUGUCUGAACGAGUCGUGGGUGGAGCUGUACUACGGGGCGUCGUCCUCGGACCGUGCCACGCCGCCUCUCUCCGGCAACGUCCACAUCCUGGAGAAGCUUCUGCUGGAGGCCCAGCGGGACUCCAAUGCCUCCUCGGCACGCGGGAGCGGAAGCCCCAAAAGCCCGCACAGUCCAUCAAAUGAGACGGUCUCCUUUGUCCUGAAUAAGGAGGAGAAGCAGAUUCCGACGGACUGGAUCUGGGACUGGAGCAGCCGCCCCGACCAGCAGCCUCCCAAGGAUUGGAAGUUCCGGCAUCCCGGGGUGGUGGCCAACCGCAAGCGCCCCGUGCUGAGUCUCCGCGGAUCCCGCAUCAUCCGCCUGGCCGACAUCUUCCCCCUGCUGCUGCUCAGCAACCUGCUCUCCGUCCUGCUCGGGGCGGGCAUUGGGGUGUGCAUCGGCCGCAGGAUGAGGGUGGCCAGCGUGGAGUGAUCUUCCAACUGCACGCCGUCCGAAUGCGAGGCAGGCGGGGCUACUCCGCGCUCUCGCGUCGGGAUGCGCAACUUCGGACCCUGACCCAGUUUCGUCCCAUCUUCGACCAGCGGGGCCUCGGCCCAUUUCGUCGUACUCCGUUUCGUCAACCGGCCUUUCCUCUUUCUUGCUAUUGUUAAAGUUGGUUUUGCAGGUGUUCCUCUAUGUUUGACGACGGUUGCUCGCAACCGCGGAAUUUCGAUUUGCGAAUGGAUAUUUUUGUUUCGAGUUGGAAACUGCGUCGCAAGCGGCGAUUGGUUUCUAGAGUUGAACCCUUUCGCGGACCACGAGCUCUUAAAGAAUCACAUAAUUGACGACGGCUUCGGUGACAACGACUUGGCCAAGAAUAGGUCUAUCCCGCGUUCUUUUUGGGAAAUGUCGGCCAAGAAACAUAUUCGUAGCAAGACAGGACUGCGUUUGUUGCCACAUCUGUUUUAGAGCCAAUUUAUCUGUGUCCCCUUCGCUGGCGCCCUUCUAAAACCUUGGGGGCGCCGCACACAAGUGUGCUGGUAUGUUUUCCGGGUGCUACCAUUUUGAGAGGAUUAGAUAGGAUUCCGACGGCUUAAAGGGGCACUGACACAUCAAAAUAAUUUUUUUUUAUUAUCUGAAACAAUUGAAAACAAUGCCGGGACAUUACCCUCAAAAUUCGAAACUUGGGAAAUCAGUAUUUGUGAAGUAAAAAAAAAAAAAACAAUUUCCAAAUGCCGAAUUCAAAGUUUUUGCGCGAUCCGCGCCGGUGCGUUGACGCACCGGCGCGGAGCCAACUUUCUUUCAUGACUCCGUGCUGUUGCCACCGGGACCCGGUACACCGUUUUAGACAAAAAAAAAAAAAAAAAAAUAUGACUUUUGGGGUGUCGGUGCCCCUUUAACCACUUUUAUCGGGCUGUCUCAAUGCAAAAUAUUUUGACUCUAGUGGGAAAAAAAAAAAAAAAUGCAAGAAGCCUGGGAAAAUACAAGAAAGUUGCUAAAAACAUGCUCGCUGAACUGGCGCCUUUGCGUGGUGCUUUUGUACCUAAGGAGGUCGGACUAGUUUCUGGAGCUUCUUCGACUGGGCGGAAGCGGAAACGAAACACGGGCUGGGGAUUCCUUUGUUUGGCAGGCCACGGCGUGGGAACACAUUCAACGACGAGUUUCUUUUUAGUCGGUCUGUAGAACACGACUCUUAGUUUCUUGUGCGGGCAUGGGCCCGACUUAUCUCUAACGUCUACAAUUGUGACCUUGUCGCGGUGACAUCUUUCAGCGAUUGGUGGACGACUCGUGGAGUGUGCUUGCAACACCUUCCCGUAGCACAGUGAGGGAGGGUACGGUCGACGAGAGUGUGCCGCCAUUUCGGGGUUCCCUGCGGACGUGCCUCGAGCACCAGUGUUGCCAAUCCCGCGUUUUUACCGCUGAAUUUAGCAGUUUUUGGAGUUGCCCAGUGGGAGAAAUUGCUGUCUUGCAGUUGGCGGGAUUUCCGUCAAUCUAGAGUCGCAUAAGCGUGUUUUCUGGCGGUGUAAAAUAUUCUCCAUCUCAGCUUUUGUCAAUGGUAAAUAUCAAUUUCUGUGGUAAGAUAGAGUUAUGGGGUUAUCAUUUUUGCUUACCCUCAUCAAAAUUGUGGGUGAGAAUAACGCUUGCAAUGCCAUUGCGAUAUAGGGGUGGGAAGGGGCGGACAAACGUUGGAACAUUGCGUUAAAAACGGUCAUUUCUGGCGUGCGACUUAAAUUUAGCAGUUUUUAGAGGUAUUUCGGGAUUUCUUAGGCGGGUUUUUGGUUUUUGAGAUGCAACGCUGCUCGGCACCAUGAUGGGUUCUGAGCGCGAGAGGCUGUCGCGUCGACGAUCGUUCUGGGGGCUGCCACAAAAGCACGCAGCAGUUUUCCUGGCAGCCGCUGUGGGUGCGCAUAUUUUGUGGUUGGGAGAGACGCCGUACAGGAACGAUGUGUUUGGACGACACGUCGACCGCCUCAGUGUUGGCAACCACGUCGGAAAUAGCCCCGAAAUUAGCUUAUACUUUCACACGGGAGGGUUUGGGGAAGUACGGUAGUGGACGGUGUAAACUAUAGAACAUGUUGCCACCCUCGUUUAACUCCUCGGCUCUUCUCGGUGGUUGUGAGAUAAGGUUACGUUAUGCCUUCACAAUACUGACAGACUCCUCUUAGUGACACCUGCCUUGUUACAUCAACGUGCAAGUGUGUCCCCCCCCCCCCCCCCCAUGUUGGUCUUUUUGUGUACAUUGUAGCAGGCGGCACGGGGACCCCUACCGAAGUGUGGGGCAGCCAUUUUACUGACCAGUUAAGGUAUAAAGUUGUGCAGUUUUGGAAAUCAACGCUUGCCAGCUUUCUCAAGCUGGCGGCAGAUGCUUGUGCUUUAGCUACGCAUGGUCGGGAGAUGGCAGCUUCAGUUUUUUUUUUCCACUUCUGUUGAACGUUCUAGCACUUUUCAAUGUCGGAUUGGCAUACUUGUAGACACUGGCUUGCACGUCUUGAAUGUGUAAAGUUUUUUUUUAAGCGUGUUUGAAUCGCAUCAUUUUUUGGGCGACCUUUCGACUGUGGCUGCACUGCCGUCGACGAAACGGCCAGUGUCGUAUGCGUCUUCGAAGCUUUGCAUAACAACGUUGAACCAACGAUUUGACAUGUAAAAAUGAACUUGACAGCUGGCACAACGAGCUCAUUUCCUAAUGUUAAACAAAUUAGUGCAAUUGGAGAGCCUUGCAGUACAAAGGUUUCGAAGACCACACUAUCUAAACGAAGCUCUCCACUCCUCGACAAAUCGUUCUGCGCAAGGUCGCCGAAACCUUGGUGGCACCGAAUUGCUGUUGAGUUUGCCGUAGCACUUGGUAGCCGAUUCUCUAUCGUUUGCUGCUUCUGUCAUGGGAGCGGCACCGCCAUAUCUUUGUCUCGCUGCUACGGACUUUGGCUUCAACACUGGGGCAGGGCGGUGCCGGGCGAGUCGCCCGCUUCUUGUUUGCGUAUUUUACUUUUCGUUGUAAAUAACGGCCAAGGGCUACUUUAUUGUCGUCGGUAAACUGUUUCCUUUACUUUGUGUGCGUGAACAUGUAUAGAAUGCAAAACUGACUGUACGUUCUCCCGCUGCGCUCGCGGUGCUUGUGGAAUGCAGGGCAGACUGAGCUCAUGCUUCCUAAUGAAGGGGGCAAGGAUGUUGUGGGUUGGGGUUGUCUCGUGUCUGUCAUGUGACUAAUAAAAUGACGCCGUUAAUAGUCGCGGCUGGUGAAUUUUUC